GCUGUUCUGAAGUAGCUGCCAUCGUCGUGACGAUGGCGGCUUACUUCCUGACACCUAUUUACACCUCGUCAGGGAAAAGGCUUCUAAUUAGUGAUUGUAAUAAAGGACCUCUUGUUGCAGCGUUUAGAUCACCCCUGAUGGAGGUACUAGACAGGAAGUGUCGAAACAUUGGGUCUGUGAAUUGUAAACAAAGGCCCGGUUUGUCCCCACAAGAAAUAGAUUAAGAGAUCUAGAAGUAUUGUUCUCAGGUAUGCAUAGCAAGUAGCUGUGAAGAGUAACGAAUUCAACAACUAAUUCAACAGCCAAAAGAGUAUUGUGACUCAAAACUGUUUUGCACUUCCUUCUACGAAUAUUAACCGAUAUGGCGAAUCUUCGCGUAAGUGGACUUACGAAAGAGUCGAAUGCAGCAAUAUAUCUCAUGGAGGGAAAGAACAGUGACCGCUUUGAAACCCAUCCCACCUCUCAAACAUUUCGAUGGUACCUUCUAGCAAAUUCCCAAAAAUUCUAUGUUUUGGAGCUGAUGGCUGCAUUGAUUCUUCUUGCCUUGGGACUCACUGAAAAACCACCAGCACUAAAAGCUAACAAUUUGAGUGUUCCUGUCAAGGUGCAUGCAGCCGUGGAGGUUCUCUCACUGGUGAUUGUCUUUGCUGGACUUGCUUUAAAACUGAAAUGGCAGGGAGCAAAGUUUUUCUUCUCCUAUAAGAGAACGCGUUUCACGGUUUUUAUCUGGUGCGUGGUAUUUAUAGAAGCCAUUGUGGUGCUGGUGAGAAGGGAGAAUCAUUUUCGAGUAACAAGAUCUCUGCGCCCACUCUUUCUUAUUGACACGCAUUACUGUUCUGGGGUGAGAAGGGUUCUCAGACAGAUUUUACUUUCACUUCCCCCAAUCCUGUACGUGCUCUUUCUGCUGUUUUUUAUCAUGGUAAUCUUUGCUAUGUUAGGGUUCUAUCUGUUUUCUGACAAUGAAAAGGAUGAGUUUUUCAGCAGCUUCUGGAGAAGCUUCAUUAGCUUAUUUGUGUUACUUACAACAGCAAAUUAUCCUGACGUAAUGAUGCCAGCAUAUAUCAGAUCACGAUGGUCUUUUAUCUACUUUGCUGUUUACAUUGCAGUUGUUCUUUACUUUCUCAUGAGUCUGCUUUUGGCUGUGGUUUAUGAUGCCUUUACAAACAUUGUAAAGAAUAAGUUUAGAAAACUCUUUCUUCAUAAAAGGAAAGGUAUAAGAAAAGCUUACGAACUUCUCAAAGGUGAAAAUCCUCCACAUGGGAUCCCAUGGGAAACUUUUAAAGGCUUGAUGUCACAUUACGACCCCAAAAGAACUGAUGUGGAGAAUUAUCUUUUUUUUAAGUCACUAAAUAAAAGUAACACUGGACAAUUAAGCCUGGAUGAAUUUUACAAUGUUUUUGAAAACAAUGAGAUGAGGUGGAAGCGGGUAACAGAACAUCACGAUCAGUGGUUUAGCUGUUUUAGAUCAUGCAACUGUUUGUACCGCACACUCAGAGGUAUUCGCUGGCUCAUAUCACAGAAACCUUUUGAGUUCGUCAUCUACGCAAUUAUUAUUACAAAUGGGAUUUCAGUUGUUGUGGAUAUCAUUGUGUUUUCCAACGCUCCUCAAAAUGAAAGGGAAAAGAAGAUAAGAGAGCUCCAUUGGUACCAUAUAGUCUUCAUUUGUGUUUAUGCAACAGAAGCCUUGCUCAAAAUCCUUGGUCUUGGUUUAAGGAAAUAUUUCCGGUCUGGCUGGAAUAUGUGA